CCUCUCCGCACACACCCAAAGAAGAGAAGCCUUCCCCUCCCCCGGCCCUUUUUCCCACCUCCCCCUCACCCUAUAAACAAAACAAAUCCAAUUACCCCCUUUAUUGGAGAUAAAUAAAACCCAGAGAUGGUCGGCCUCCCUGAAACCGGUGAACCGGGCAACAUCCUUUCUGAUGCCUGGGAUUACAGGGGCCGCCCCGCCGUCCGAUCCAAAUCCGGCGGCUGGACCAGCGCCGCCAUGAUCUUAGUGGUGGAGUUGAAUGAGAGGCUGACGACCCUGGGAAUAGCCGUGAACCUGGUCACCUACUUGACUGGCACCAUGCACCUCGGCAACGCCGCCGCCGCCAAUACCGUCACCAACUUCAUGGGCACCUCCUUCAUGCUCUGCCUCCUCGGCGGCUUCGUCGCCGACACCUUCAUCGGCCGCUACCUCACCAUCGCCAUCUUCGCCGCCGUCCAAGCCUCCGGUGUGACCAUCCUCACAAUCUCAACCGCCGUGCCGGGGCUGCGACCGCCGAAGUGCCCCAAUAUGGCAUCCGGCAACUGCAUGAAAGCUUCUCCGGCGCAGCUCGGGGUGCUGUACCUGGCGCUGUACCUGACGGCGCUGGGGACUGGCGGGCUUAAAUCAAGCGUGUCGGGGUUCGGUUCGGACCAGUUCGACGAGAAGAACAAAGAGGAGAAGCACCAAAUGAUGAAGUUCUUCAACUGGUUCUUCUUCUUCAUCAGCCUCGGGUCGCUGCUGGCGGUGACGGUGCUGGUGUACAUUCAGGACAACAUCGGCCGGCGGUGGGGGUACGGGCUCUGCGCGGCGGCGAUCGUGGCGGGGCUGGUGGUGUUUCUAUCGGGGACGAGAAGGUAUCGGUUCAAGAAGCUGGUGGGGAGUCCCCUGACGCAGAUAGCAGCGGUGGUGGUGGCGGCGUGGAGGAAGAGGGGGCUCGAAUUGCCAUCGGAUCCUUCGAUGCUGUACGAUAUAGAUGGUAGCUCCGGCCAAGGGGAGGAGAAGACCUCCAAAAAGAGCACUGGGGAGAAGCAGAGGCUUCCACACACCAAACAGUUCCGUUUUCUGGAUCAUGCUGCAAUCACCGUCAACCCGACCACCGAACAAAGCAAAUGGCAACUAUCAACCCUAACAGAUGUGGAGGAGGUGAAAAUUGUGAUCCGGAUGCUCCCCAUCUGGGCCACCACCAUCAUGUUCUGGACCGUCUACGCCCAAAUGACCACCUUCUCGGUCUCCCAGGCCACCACCAUGGACCGCUAUAUUGGGCCAUCCUUCCAAAUUCCCCCGGGCUCUCUCACCGUCUUCUUCGUCGGCUCCAUCCUUCUCACCGUCCCCAUCUAUGACCGCAUCGUCGUCCCGGUCUCCCGCCGCUUCACCGGCAAUCCCCAUGGCCUCACUCCGCUCCAACGCAUCGGUGUGGGCCUCGUUCUCUCCAUUCUGGCUAUGGCAGCUGCGGCCCUCACCGAGAUCAAGCGCCUCCAUGUGGCCCGGUCCAACCCAAACACCAUCCACAAGGGAGCUACUGUUCCAUUGAGUGUCUUCUGGUUGGUCCCUCAAUUCUUCUUAGUUGGGGCUGGGGAGGCUUUUACCUACAUUGGCCAAUUGGAUUUUUUCCUAAGGGAGUGUCCUAAAGGAAUGAAGACCAUGAGCACAGGGCUGUUCCUGAGCACCCUGUCAUUAGGGUUUUUCGUAAGUUCGGCAUUGGUGACCAUUGUGCAUAAGGUGACAGGGAAGAGUGGCCAUGGAGCAUGGCUUGCAGACAAUCUAAACCGGGGGAAGCUCUACAACUUCUACUGGCUGUUGGCAGUGCUGUGCCUGGUGAACUUGGGGCUCUACUUGGUGGCGGCGAAGUGGUAUGUUUACAAGGAGGGCCGGACGGCGGCGGAGGAUGAUAGCAUGGCUGGUGUGGAGUUGACAGAGGCAGAAGCAUGUUACCAUUAGAGUGCAUGAUAUAAUUUAUCUUCCUAUUUUCUGACCACCGCUCAAUACCUCCUGUUAAAAAAAAAAAAAAAAGCAUUUUCCAUCUUGCUAAUGUAUAAUCAAAUAUUAUGUACAUGGUUUUAUGCACGGUCGUAUGGUCGGCAUUUCAAGGAUAAUUUUAAGCUUAAAAAGAUUGAGCUAUUUAGA